ACGCCUUGACGCCCUGACUCUUCAGUACACCAGGCAUCACCGCGUCGACGAGAUCACGGGAUAACGUUCGGUUUAUAUCGAUGUCAAUCUUCUGAAGACAGCAGUAUUGUUUUGUGAUUAGUUUUGAAGACAGUUUGUUGAGGGUGUGAUAACUCUUUGUGAAAUAUCGGAAGAGACAUGGAAGUGAUGGAGACGCAUGGAGAUAAUGACGUCAACCUUCAAGAUAAUGAGGUGAAAGAGGAGGUUUUAGAGGAUGGGGAGAAUGAUGAUGAUGAUGAACCCAAGUAUGAUGAGGAGCAGGAUGUUAAGGAGGAGGUGGAUGUUAAAGUGGAACCUAAGGACAUGGUUUUGGAUGAGAAUGGGGCGACCGUUGAGGAGACUUACGAGAUUACCACUACAAGGCGUAAAACGACCACUACGAGGUACAAGAUUCAAGAAACAUCGGCGUCUCAUAAAAAAAGCACCAUGACGACGGCUGCCAAGCUUUAUGGCAAGGACUUGAGUGAUUAUGAUGAUGUGGAUGUUGAUGAGCUGCUCUCCCAGCUCACUCCCGAGGAAAUCAAUAUGUUAGCCAAAGAAGUUGAUCCAGAUGACAGUUUUAUGCCACCUUCGCAACGUUGUAGCUACGAGUGUGACAAGAGCCCAACGGGUCCCCUCAAUCGUAAAAAACUCAUCGAGCAUAUAAACAAACAGGCAUUAGAAACACCAGAUAUUCCAGAACUGAAGCCAUACGUACCUGGUGUUGUAAGAGGAAAGAAAUGGAUCCCACCGUCUCAAGACAACAUCAAGGAAAAACAGGCUGAUGAACAAAUUGCCAUUGACCUUGGGGAAGAGUACGAACAGGCUCUCUCCUCGGCUACUCAAGAUGAAAUAAUCGAUUUGGCAGCCAUUCUUGGCUUUCAUUCGAUGAUGAAUCAAGAUCAGUAUCAUGCAUCGCUGCUCAAUACUGGACAGCCAGUUGGUCUUGGGUGGGAUGGAAUCACUAAAGCCAGCCAACCUAAAGUAUUUCCCAUGGAUCCACCUAAUGACACAGACGUCGAUGCUUCGAUCAAGCAAGUUCGUGAAGAUGAUCGCGAUCUUGUUGAUCUCAAUUUGAACAACAUUAAGAACAUCUCCGAAGAGAAGUUCAUUCAACUGUUCGAGGCACUGGAGGGUAAUACACAUUUGGAAGCACUUAGUUUAACAAACGUCGGUUUAACUGAUAGAACCGCCAUGAGACUGGCUGAGGCAAUGGAGAAAAAUUCAACUCUUAGAGUACUCAAUGUGGAAACAAAUUUCAUUAGCCCUACAGUGAUGGUGAGACUCAUUCGAGCUCUACUCAACACUAAAUCCAUCGAGGAAUUCCGUUGUUCAAAUCAGAGAUCGCAGGUGCUGGGUAAUAAAAUUGAGAUGGAAAUAACACACUUGGUUGAACAGAAUCCCACCCUUUUGCGAUUGGGUCUCCAUCUCGAGUUUAAUGAUGCCAGACAUCGCGUUGCAGCUCAUCUGCAGCGUAAUAUCGACAGGAGAAGCCAGUACGUAGAUUACGUGGAAUACAAGUACUGAAUUUCCGCGAAUCGCUUCGUAGUCUAUUCUAGAGCUUUAGCCAAUCCAUCAUUCAUUCAAUAUCAUCCGCUAUUAUUUAUUCACUCGCUUUACAAUUUUUUUUUACUUCCGACAGCUGCACUGAGGUAAUUAUUAUCACCCUGCAUCGAUUUCUUACCUCCGCAUGACUCAAUAUUUACAUUCCGCCUCGCUGAAUUCAUUGGAGAAUUAAAACGAUAUAUUAGAUAAAUAGACCUGCUGUUCUUUAUUGAUCGCUCGAAAAAUUUUUCAUUCACCUCGGGCAGAAUUGAAUUUUCGUUGGAUAUUAAUGAUUGAUUUUAAUACUCUGAGUGGAUUUAAUGGCGGAAUUGCCACCUCUCGAUAUAAAUUUAUAUUUUUCAAUGUAAUUUAAUAUUGAUUGGUGGAUAGUCUGCCGUUUAGAAGCAUUGGCACGUGCGAAGAUAAUUGCAAUUGGCGCUGGUCCUGGAGGUUUCUCCGUUCUUGCAGCGGAAACCCCCAUUACGCCUCAAACUGCUUAAUUGUCCUUUUUAUAACCGCUCACCAUACGGCAGUCCCGACUCGGGGUGGCAACAUCUUAAUUUGGCAUUUGACAUUUCUCCAGAUCGUCAGCUUUGAACAAGAAAGAUAUCUCGCAACUCCAUAAUGAUUUGGGCUAGGAAGUGACGAUUGAACGUUGGAAUCAUGUGGACCAUUCUAAAUGGAUCACGAGGAAAUCUCAGGCCCAUUAAAACGUAUCAAUUCACAUCGAAAAUACAGGAAUUUCCAGCGGAACAAUUUAUCGAAUAAUGCCAUUGAAUUAUUCGCCGAGUUUUCAGAGCUUUAAUAUUUUCACAGGCUUUGCUUCAUCCGCAACUUUAAAUUUUAACGAAUUAUUUUAUAAUUGACAAUACCACUUGGUGACAAUUUUUCAACGAUCAAAGAGGCUUACUUAGAAUAUUAAUGGAUUUUAUUUGCAAAUUAUCGGCUGAAUGGAAAAAAAUAAUCAUUUGACCGUACACUAUUCAUCAAAUCCAGUCGAUUCACUAUUGAACUUUUUUUCGAUCCUUCACUGACCUCUCGUGAAUGUGGGAAACACAUCCAUCAUGAUGAGGACUGAUACUGGGCUGACAGCGAUAGGCUCACCAUAAAAAAAAAAACAGAAGAAAAACGGUCACAUAUUUUUUAAUGUUUUUUUUUUCUUCUUUCGAAAGAGAAAAUUGAUUUAAGUAGAAUGACUUGACGAUAGCUUUAUACUGACUGUUCGAGCUUUUUGAAAUAUUGCACCAAGUUUAAAGAUAUUUUUAUCACCAGUGUUUUAUGUUGAGACCUCCACAAUUGUAGAAUCGUUGGGUUUUUUUUGUACACUUGAGUCGUUUUCUAUUGACAGCUCUUGAAACUCACUGUUUGUCUAAUUGUUUGGACUCGAAAUGAUUAAAAUGAUAAAAAAAAAAAGAUGAGAGAAGAUAAUGUUGACGAUAGGCAUUUUCAUCGUUUGGAAAAGGCCAACCCCACGAGAUCAUCUGCCUAAUUUUAUUUACGUUUACAGUUACAAUAAUGAUUAUAAUAUAUUUAACCACUAAAUAUUAUAAUUAAUAUUCGAAUGAAUAAAUUUUAAAUGAAUUAUUUUAGCAUCUCAUACGAAUGAUAAA